AUGCCCUACCGCUUUGAGAUUGCUGCCCAAGGGCGUGCUGGCUGCAAGGCCAAAGAUUGCAGCGAUGAGAAGAUCAAGAUCCGGAAGGGUGAAUUCCGGGUCGGUACCUGGAUGGACGGCCCAAGCUUCCAGAGCUGGUCCUGGCGCCACUGGGGGUGCUUUACCCCCAAGCAAAUCUCCAACGUCCGGAAGGAUCUCACUGGAUCCUCUGACGAGCUUGACUUCUCCCGCAUCGAUGGCUUUGAUGAGCUCAGCAAUGAGCUUCAAGCCAAGAUUCGCAAUGCCAUCGAAGUGGGCCAUGUCGAGGACGACGAGUGGAAUGGCGAUGUUGAAUGCAACCGCCCCGGAAAUGUCGGCAUGCGUGUCAAGGGUGCCAAGGCUAAGGCUAGUUCGUCUGACGAAGCUGAGCAGUCCUCUGCCAAGAAGCAUGGCUUGACCGAUUCUGAGAAUGCGGAUGAGGAGCCCGCCAAGAAGAAGCAAACUCGUGCCAAGAAGGCCACAGAUGGCGAUGAGGCCAUUGCUGAUGCUGCUGUCGUUGAGACUGAGCCCAAGGAGGCCAAGAAGCGCGGCCGUCCCACCAAGAAGUCUGCUGAAGAACAAGUUGCUGCUGAGGCUGAUCUCAAGCCCGAGCCCAAGAAGCCUAGUCGUCCUCGAAAGAAGGGCUCGGAUGAAGAGAAUCCAGAUGCGGAGACCGAGGUCAACGUUCAGCGGAAGAGACGUGGCCGCCCUCCCAAGAAAAUCUCCGAGGACGAAAGUGCCGAUGCUGACACUGAGAUGGCUGCUGAACCAAAGAAGCAUGCUACCCGGGGCAAGAAGACCACCAAGGAUGAAAGUGCCCAUGCCGACGUUGAGCCCAAAGAGGAGACCACCAAGCGUGUUACUCGUGGCAAGAAAGCCAUUACCUCCAAGUCUUCCGCUGCCGACAACAAGUCGGAUGAACUUGAUCAGCCAAACCAGGAUUCGGACGAGACCGUCACUAAGCCCAAGAAGCGUGCGACCCGUGCCAAAAAGGAUAUCAACAAGGAUGCCUCCUCUGGUGACAACGAAACCUCCACCGUCACCGGGGUCAAGAAGCGUGCCACCCGUGUAAAUGGUGCUAAGAAGAAUGCUACCAAUGAUGUCUCCUCUGCCGACAAUGACACUGCCCCAGCCACCGAUACCAAGAAGCGUGCGACCCGUGCCAAAAAGGAUGUCAAUAAGGAUGCCUCCUUUGGCGACAACGACACUGCCUCUACCAACGGCAAGAAGAAGCCUGCUACUCGCGCCAAGUCUGUUAAUGGCACAAAGACCACCAAUGGCUCGAAGGCUACUAAGGAAGCCAAGACCAGUGGAUCAGAUACCUCCAAGGAGGAGAAUGGGCAUGCCGAUGAGUCGACCGAGAAGCCCAAUCGCACCCGUUCUGCCAACAACAAGACCAAUGCAAACGAUAAUACCUCUGCAGAUAAGCCCAAACCCACUCGCAGCCGCAAGCCUGCUGCUACCAAGGCUACUCGGGAGCCUACCGAGGAGGUCACUGAAACCCCCGAGGCUAUCAAGGAGAAGCCCAAGACCAGAGGACGCAAGCCAGCUGCCACGAAGGCCACCAAUGAGCCUGCUGAAAGGUCUGACAAGGAGUCUUCUGAGGCCUCCCACAAGCUCUCUGUCGAGAUCACCGCUAUCAAGGUGAAGUCUGAGAAUGAUGACGAGAAUCCUAAAAUUCCCGUUGAGCCCAUCGUCAACGCCGCCGAGGAGCCUGCCAAGGACACUACUGAAGAGUCAGUCAACGAGAUUGCUGAAGAGCCCCUCAAGAACAUUGCUGAAGAGCCUGCCAAGGACACUGCAGAGGAGCCAGUUGAGAGUGCCACUGAGAAGCCCACUGAGUUUCCUUUGAAGCCAGUCAAGACCGAGAACGUUGAUGAUGACUUCUAA